AGAGUACACACAAUGGAAUCUGUGGACGGAAAAUUUACAGUGACGGGAGUGGAAGAAAGAAUAUGGAAGCUGCUGUCGAAAUGGAAAGCGCUUGCAAUGGCUGUGGAGAAUCAGUGGGGUGGCCCUGAUUCCAUCCUCAAAUCUCAAAAGCUUGCCUCCGAUGUUCUCUCUUGCCUCUUUCUUUCCAAAGGUGAGGUGAAAGUCGAAGAUUUGGAGAAUUUGCUGCAUGAAAGUUUGCUGCUUUCUUUCAACACAGAGAUUGAAGAUGGCAGUAUCGACCAGGUGGCAGAACAGUUGAUGAACAUACGUGAGGAAUAUUUACAGGGAAAUAUUAAUAUUAUUUCUGUUAAGUGA